GCAUAGCCUAUUCCCCUUCAUCGGAAAUUCGGAAUCCUCAUUCGAUCGAUACAUUAUGGAGAGAUUUUUCAAAAGGAAAUUUUCAUCUUUACAAGAAAAUAAAAGUGAUAGUGGACCUUCAAAUGGAAUAAACAUGGAGUUGCUCCGUUGUGUGGCUUGUUUGAGUCGUCGUGAUUCUUUCCAUAACUUUGAUGUGGCCAAAUUGGUGAGAUUAUCUCAAUUUUAUCCUAAUGAUUUCUCUGAAGUUCAUGCCAAAGAAUUACAGAAUCAAUUGGAGACAUACAUUAUGGACGUGACUUCAGAUGACAGAUUUUCAAAUCUUAAUGGUCUUGGUGAUUUGUCUACGGUAUUGGUAGAGACGAAAAAACACACCACCUUUCCUUUAGUAUAUAAACUUCUAAAGUUGUCAUUGGUUUUGCCGGUUGCAACUGCAGGUGUUGAAAGAUGCUUCUCAGCAAUGAAUCUUGUGAAGACAUAUUUACGAAAUCGAAUUGGGGAUGAGUUCUUUAGUGAUUGUUUACUAUCUUAUGUGGAAAAAGACAUGCUUGAAAGAGUUGAAAAUGAAACUGUAAUAGAUCGGUUUCAGAAGAUGAAAACUCGAAGAGGGAGCCGCGUGACUUUUAUAAGAGGGGAACAUCGACCAGCGGGAAGACCAGUGGCCACCGGCCAGCCCGCCACUACUGCUGCUCGGAGCUCCUGGAAGUUUCUGGUCGCUGUCGACAGGCGGGCAGGCAGGCGGCCGCCUGCCAGCCUGCCGGUGCCACCUCUGCAAAACGCUGCUGCUGCUCGUUUGCUUGCCCGUCGCCGCCAUCUGACCGGCGGCCAG